ACAGUGCAGAACGGAAAAAUGUUGUUUUUGUUCCCAUUUUAGCUCUGCCCUUUGCUUCUGUUCUGUCUGCUACGCAUGAAAUUUCUGCAUAAUUGGUCAGAUCCUAUUCAUUUUCAUGUUUUUGGUCCAAAAGGGUGAUCUGGGUCGCUAUUUGUUCUUUGAUUUGAGUUGUGGAACAUGGUGCUUUGAAUGGUAGGUGUCCCAAAACGACGUCGUUUCUGGGAUGCCCUUUUCCUUAAAAUGGAAGAUUCUUACGCUGACUCCUUUUUGGUCAUUUGGGUUGCUGAGAAGAUGUUGGAAAACCAAAGAAAUUCAAAUGUUUUGUUUUGUCUUUUCGCUUUUUUCUCAGCAGUCAAACAGAGGGUCUUGGUGAAUCUUUCUGGGUUUGCUCUCUCAUCUGUGAUAUUGAUGCUUAGUGAAGAGCUUGGGCCUGUUUCCUUUGUUGAUGCCUUUGACUUGAGCUGGUUUUGGUGACUCUGAUCUAUCCCAUUUGGGUUUAAUCUCAUGUCAAGCUUGACUCCUUUGUAUUUUCUGAAGUUUGAGUUACUGUUUUUGGAUCCUCUGAUCUUGGGCCUACUUUGAAAAUUGCAUCAGUAUAGAUACAAUUGGCGUCUCUCGGUGCUUUCUUGUGCGUCACUUAAAGAAGCCUGAUGGGUUCCAGAAUCCCUUCUCAUCAGCUCAGCAAUGGCCUUUAUGUAUCAGGCCGGCCCGAGCAGCAAAAGGAAAGGAUGCCCACAAUGAGCUCAACUGCAAUGCCCUAUACUGGCGGCGAUAUCAAGAAGUCAGGGGAACUGGCGAAAAUGUUUGAUAUCCAAAUGGAAGGCUCCAAGACUAGGAAAUCUGGACCUCUAAACAGUGCUCCUUCAAGGACUGGAUCUUUUGGAGGUGCUGCUUCGCAUUCUGGACCGAUCACAUCUAAUGCUGCAGCUCGGGCUGUCUAUACCAAUUCAGGUCCUGUUUCUUCUGCAGGAAUAUCUGGUUCAGCUUCAGUGAAGAGGUCAAAUUCUGGACCACUGAAUAGACAAGGAGAUCCUGCGAAGAAGUCAUCCGGCCCUCAAUCUGGUGGAGGGACACCAGCUGCCCGCCAGAAUUCGGGUCCUCUUCUCCCUACAACAGGUCUGAUCACAUCCGGGCCCAUCUCUUCCGGUCCAUUGAAUUCCUCUGGAGCCCCACGGAAGGUAUCUGGUCCUCAGGACUCCAUGGGAUCACUCAAAACACACAGCAUCUCCAUUGCUCACAACCCUGCUGUGACUACACUUAGCCAAGAUGAUGAUUUCUCCUUCAAGAGGAACUUUCCAAAGCUGAUACUGUGGUCAAUUAUUCUGAUAUUUGUGAUGGGUUUCAUCGCUGGUGGAUUUAUUCUUGGAGCAGUCCAUAACGCCAUUCUCCUUGUUGUUGUCGUGGUUCUAUUUGGCAUCGUUGUUGCAUUAUUCACUUGGAAUACUUGUUGGGGAAGGAGAGCUACAAUUGGUUUCAUUUCUCGUUACCCAGAUUCUGAGCUAAGAACCGCGAAAGACGGGCAAUAUGUGAAGGUCUCUGGGGUGGUCACAUGUGGAAAUGUCCCUCUUGAGUCAUCUUUCCAAAAAGCUCCUAGAUGUGUUUAUACAUCGACAAGUUUAUAUGAAUAUCGAGGAUGGGAUUCAAAAGCUGCCAACCCUACUCAUCGCCGUUUUACAUGGGGACUCAGAUCACUAGAGAGUCAUGUGGUUGACUUCUACAUCUCUGACUUUCAGUCUGGUUUGAGAGCAUUGGUUAAGACUGGCUAUGGUGCAAGGGUGACCCCUUAUGUUGAUGACUCUUUUGUCGUUGAUGUCAAUGCAGAGAACAAAGAGUUGUCUCCAGAAUUCAUCAGGUGGCUGGGAGAGAGGAACCUUUCAUCUGACGAUCGUAUGAUGCUAUUGAAAGAAGGGUACGUCAAAGAAGGAAGCACGGUGAGUGUAAUGGGAGUAGUUCAGAGGAACGAAAAUGUUCUUAUGAUUGUCCCUCCACCCGAGCCAUUCACAACAGGAUGCCAAUGGACCAAAUGCAUCUUCCCUGCCAGCCUGGAGGGUAUAGUUCUGAGAUGCGAAGAUACAUCAAAGAUCGAUGUUAUACCAGUCUAGUACCACACCCAACAUGAACUUCUCCUUCAAGUGUUGCCAGAUUGAUAAGUAUUAGUGAUGUUCUUCAUAGAUUUAAGAUAAUGGUAAUGGUGUUCUUUUCCUUAAUGUAUAGUUUUUUGGGUUCACCUUCUUAUUUUCCUCCAAUUUGGUGUUUUUGUCCCUGGGGCUUGACAGCUUUUGUAAUGGGGUUGGCUUGAUGCAGUGGGGAUUCCACUUGUUUGGGUAGAUUGUGUUAUGUUUGGAAAGAAAGAAAAAAAAGAAGUCCAAGAUAUUGAGUAUAUCGUCUUGUUCCCUCCUUGGCAUGCUGAAACCUUCGUCCAUUCUGGUUAUUGGUUCAUUGCUGGAAA